AUGCAGUCCGACGAGCUCUCAGCCAGAGAGGAGUUCACCUACAGCCACAUGCCCACUCUGGAGAGGGGCGGUGGGGGGUCUCUGGGACGACGGAGCGACAGGGGAACGGAUAGAAGGCCGGACAGGGGGGAGCGGUAUAGGCCCGAGCGGGACAGCUACACGGUGGACGUGAGGGCCAGUGACCUGCAGCUGGCCCAGCCGGAGCCUCUAAAGCACCCCUGCUUCAGCUACAGGGCCUGGCUCUACAGCGUCCUCUUAGGGGGCAGUCUCCUCAUCACAUCUGGUUUCUCUCUGUACAUGGGAAAUGUGUUUCCUGUUGCCAUGGACUACCUGCGCUGUGCUGCCGGCUCUGGCAUCCCUGCAGCGAUCGCCAGUUUUGCCAUUGCCAAGAACAGACAUGUAGCAGUGUCAGAUUUCCAGGUGGUCUACGUGUCAACAUUUGCUGUAACGACCACCUGUCUGGUUUGGUUUGGAUGUAAACUGGUCCUAAACCCUUCUGCUGUCAAUAUCAACUUCAACCUCAUCCUGAUGAUAUUGCUGGAGGUGUUGAUGGCCAGUACUGUCAUCCUGUCAGCCCGCUCUGCAGAAGACUGCUGCUGCCACAGGAAGCAGGUGACAUAUGACAGAUCUGUGGUUCAGCCUCCUGCAGUGUUCCCUACUCGAAUCCUGAAAGCAUAUUCUGUGAUCGAAGUAAUUGUGGGAAUUUCUGCUGUAUUCGGAGGGAUUAUUGCACUCAACAUGGAUGCUUUGCUACCUGGACCCUACUUGUCUGUCACAUUUUUCUGGAUUCUUGUUGCUUGUUUUCCAAGUGCUAUUGCCAGUCAUGUCGUGUCAGAAUACCCCAACAAAUGUCUGGUGGAGGUGCUGAUUGCCAUCAGCAGCGUGACGUCUCCCCUGCUCUUUUCAGCCUCCGGCUUCCUUUCUUGCAGUGUGAUCAGCUUUAUUGACAUUUUCCUGAAUGAUGUGCCUACAGCCAAGCAAUCCUACGACAUCCUGCUGCUGAUUCUGAUGGUGCUGCUGCUGGUGCAGGCAAUUCUUACUUCAGCCACUGUGGUGCACUGUGCCUCCUACAAGAGUAAGCUCCGCAUGGGGGCUCCAGAGUGCAACGACAGCAUGCACACCACAACCCAUUACUAUGAGCAGCAUGCAGCCAAUGGAACGCUGCAGGAUUUUGAUAAAGACAGAGCCUGGAAGGCAGUGGUGGUCCAAAUGGCCACAUAGACGUUUGAUGAGGAGUGUGAGAAGGGGGGAUAGAACCAACUCAGCACAAGAGUUAGUGCAAGAGUACAAAAAGGACGAAAGAAAAAGCAAUGAAGAUUUGUGCAGUUAUGAAGAUGUAAAGAAGAUUAGGAGGCAGUAAAUAAAUAACGGAAGUUGGCGAAAGAAAUCAGAAGGACAGAAAAGUUUAAAAUAAUGCAAAGCUGAGAAUAAUGCUUGCCUGCUUACUGUAGGGCAUUAUUUGACCUGUGUAUAGUUAAAGUAUUUCUACAUUGUGAUCUCGUGGAUACAAUGAACAAGCAUGUGAGUCAAUGUUUAUAAUACAUGAUUUGAGCAUUUGUGGAUAUGAAAGGAUUUCAGUUUAUAUGUCACCACUACAAAGAGAAAUCUAUGCAUCUUUGCUACUUUUUUAAGCUGGUUGCAGCUGACUCAAUUUAUUCUAAACCUGUUGCGACCUAGUGAUGUUUUAAAACAGCAUUUAUAGAAGUGUUGUGCAUAGAUUAAAUUGAUCCUAACUUUGUUCGUUUUACAUUAUUUCCCCAAAAAGUAAACACUGAAUUAUCUCCGCACUUACAUGACUGUUAGUAAUACAUGUUUUAAGGAGUAUGCCGCUUUGUGUACAGUGAUGUGUUAGUGGUAGCAACAUCUUAUUACAAGAGAAUUCAUCUACCUAGAUUUUGCAGAAUAACUUGUACAUUUCAACUGAAAUUGUGUUUUACUAUAGGAAAAUAAAAUGUUUGUCCUCAACUGCAAGAAAA